AGUUUGGUACCGCUCAACGUUACUUUAAAUUAGCUAAAUGCAUAACGUUAGCUAGCUAAUGCUAACUUGCGCAAGAGUCAGAUAGCUAACUAGCUAGCAACUGAAUGGGAGUUCCCUUUGGCCAACGUUACAGUUGCCAAUGUAGCACGCUAGGUUUUCCCCAUUACAUUACUGUUUCGCCCUUUUCCUCUGAUCUAGCUAGCACCACAUUUUCAAAAUCGAAUAGGCCUAACUUAGGGUGUGUUCGUAAAUUGACGUUUGAGUGCCAGAGUGAGCUCUGGGCGUUUGUAAAUUCAGAGCGUUGUUAGAUUGUCAGUUCGUAAAUGAGCGUUCAGAGCGCACACUGGACGCUUUGACUGAGGAAUAGGGUCCGAGUGUUCUAACCUCACAACGGCAGUCAAGCACCCAAACUAACUGAGAGAACACCUCACUCUGACCAUUUUACUCACUCUAGCAGUUGGUGGCUGUUGCUGUGCUGCUGGGAACACGUUAAUUACGUUUUUUUUGCCGACGUUUACUGGCACGGGCCAUAUUCGGGUGUUGAGCGUUCGUAAAUUCAUCAGGUUUUCUGUGCUCUGGCACGCUGACGAGAGUGCUCUGAAAUCGGAGUAGAUAGCCAAAGUGAAUUUGAAGUUCGCAAUAUGUUUAUUAUGGCAUAGGCUAGAUGACGACAAAAUAUAUCAGUUUGCUAGCUAGCUACCUAGCUAACGUUAUAGCUAGCUUAUGGUUUUCAAUUCGAGUUUGACUGUUGUAGUGGGCCUCAGGCUGUGGCAUGGUUGUUUACAGUUUACAUUAUGGUUGGUGUUAUUGCUAGCUAGAACGUUUAAUUCAAAUUGACGUUCCUUUCUUUAUUCAAGAGCCGAAAUGACUACUGCUCCAUACAACUACUCCUACAUCUUCAAAUACAUUAUUAUUGGGGAUAUGGGUGUAGGGAAAUCAUGCCUGCUUCACCAGUUCACAGAAAAGAAAUUCAUGGCAGACUGCCCCCACACUAUUGGAGUCGAGUUUGGCACAAGGAUAAUCGAGGUGAGCGGCCAGAAGAUCAAACUGCAGAUCUGGGACACUGCGGGACAGGAGCGCUUCAGGGCCGUCACACGCAGCUACUACAGGGGAGCAGCAGGGGCACUCAUGGUCUAUGACAUCACCAGGAGAAGCACAUACAACCACCUUAGCAGCUGGCUGACUGAUGCUAGAAACCUCACCAACCCUAAUACUGUGAUAAUUCUUAUUGGUAACAAGGCAGACUUGGAGGCCCAGCGAGAUGUAACCUAUGAGGAGGCUAAGCAGUUUGCUGAGGAGAACGGUCUAUUGUUCCUAGAGGCUAGUGCAAAGACGGGUGAGAAUGUGGAGGACGCGUUCCUGGAGGCAGCCAAGAAGAUCUACCAGAACAUUCAGGAUGGAAGCCUGGACCUGAACGCCGCCGAGUCUGGUGUCCAGCACAAGCCCUCCGCCCCGCAGGGCGGCCGGCUGACCAGUGAACUGCAGCCCCAGAAGGAAGGCUGCAGCUGCUAAUGACCACACCCGCUGACCCUCCAGCUGACCUUUGCCCCCCUGUGCCACAGCCUCCCUCCACCACCCAGGAGCUCACAUGCCUCCACCAAGGCACUGACAGUCUGGGCCCCAGUAGGCUCUGAGCCAGGGAUGGGCUUUAUACCACUACCAGCCAUCUACAUCCAUCUCCCUCUCUUUCUCUGUCUCCCCGUAUCUAUCUCACACAGCUAUACUGUAUGUCCCCAUAGCCUACAUAACCCAGUGCACCCAGCACCUAUGAUGAGAUGAGCAAGCCUCAUGGGUCACACAUUGUGAUUAGAACACAGCAACAGGCCUUUGUGGCUGGCUGGCUGCUCUACUGAAGAAAAAGCCUUUUUCUAUCCACAGAAGAAACCAUGAUGUGCAUAACUAUAAAUGGAAUGAUUCAUCACUCUUGUGGUGUUUUGAAUGUAGUACUGUUUUAAUUCAAAUUAAAUUAUUAAGAGUGGCUGCAAAAUACUUAGCAAACAGGCACAGAUACCAAAGAUAAUGGAUGCAUGAUUCACUCAACGUGUAUAACCAUUCACCAAAUUGUUAAUUCUUUUUAAACGUUUCCGGAGAUUUUAUCGGUCUUGGAAUACGUUGGAUUGACUUUUUGUUCGGUAUAAUUAUUAUAAAAUAUUUGUUAUUUUUUUA